UUUGCAGGACAGAUACUGUUUUAAUAAGACUGUACGAGAAAGUUAGGCCUAUGGAAGAUACGCCAGCAACUUUAGUGCGGGAAGAACUACAGGGUCAGAGUUUGGUCUCAAACUUAGAGUUUCAUGAGUUUAUUAAAGCUUUAAAGAGAAAUGGGAGAUCUAUUUAUCAUAUGGCGUUUGGUCAGUCUCCCUUCCCUGCAAUGAAGCACGCACAACUCGAGCUGAAAAAGAACGUGUCGCAGAGUGACUAUCUUACAGUGCACGGACUUCAGGAAUUCCGACAGACUAUCAGUAGGUUUCACGAGAAGAAUGAUGGUUUCACAGUUGAUCCUGAUAACAUAGUUGUUGCACCAGGAAGUAAAGAAGUUAUCUACCAUAUUCUGACAGCGUUCUCUGGAGACAUUCUACUUUUGUCACCAACGUGGACAACUUACGAACCUCAGGCUCGAAUCACAAGACAUAAAAUCCACGUAAUUCCUGUUGACUUGAAUACUGGCUGGAAAUUGACACCGGAAAUUAUGACCAGGGCUGUUAAAGAAAAUUGCAUUCAAUCUCCUAGUCUGCUGAUACUUUGCAACCCGGAUAACCCAACUGGAGUUGCGUAUACCGAAGAAGAACUGAAGGCAUUAGGUGAGUGUUUUAGACGGGAGAAGAUCAUUGUGCUGAGCGAUGAAAUUUAUGCCCGCCUCCAUUAUACUGGUCAGCAUGUGAGCCUCUACAAGUUCUAUCCAGAGGGCACCAUUGUUUGUACUGGGUUCUCCAAAUGGGCCAGUGCCGGAGGAUGGAGAGUGGGCUAUGCUAUGUUCCCAAAUGAGCUAUCACAAAUUAAGACUGCCAUAACAACUACUGCUAGUCUGACUUACUCUUGUGCUCCAGCACCCAUGCAAUAUGCUCUUACAAACGCUUUACUCCAAGAGAAGGAGUGUGAACACUAUAUUCAACUUACUACCAAGAUUCUUGCAACGAUUUCAGAUUUUUGUUACAGGUAAGCCGUGAAAGUAACGCCA